UGUUCAGUUUCAUUUUCAUGUUGGUGGCAAAAACAAAUAAGGGCUCCCAUAACCAGCUGCCUGGACAGCCAGCUCACAGCCCUACUGACCAUGGCCAUGACCCAGGCCCUCGGGAGCCCCAGUGCCGGGCAGACUUGUGCUCUGAUCCUGAUCGUCACUGUGCUGCUGCAGGCCCUCUGUGUGGCUGUGACCUACAUGUACUUCACUAACGAGCUAAAGCAGAUGCAGGAUAAGUACAAGGACAGCAUCGCUUGUUUCCUGAAGGAAGAUGACAGCUCCUGGGACCCUGGCGAUGAAGAGAGUGUGAGCAGCCCCUGCUGGCGCAUCAGGUGGCUCGUUAGAAAGAUGAUUUUGAAAACCUAUGAGGAAACCAUCCCUACAGUUCAAGAAAGACAACGAAAUAUUCCUUCCCGAGUAGGGGAAAGACAUUUUCAGAGAGUUGCAGCUCACAUAACUGGGAAUAGACGAAGAAGCAACACAUUGCCUAUCCUAGGCUCCAAAAAUGAAAAGGUUUUGGGCCAGAAAAUAAACUCCUGGGAGUCAUCGAGGAAAGGAUUUUCAUUCUUGAACAGUGUGCUCUUGAGGAAUGGAGAGCUGGUCAUCCAAGAAACAGGGUUUUACUACAUCUAUUCCCAAACAUACUUUCGAUUUCAGGAACCUGAGGAAGUUAUAGGAACAGUUUCAAAAGAAGAGAACAGAAGGAAAAACAAACAAAUGGUACAAUAUAUUUACAAAUACACAAGUUAUCCUGACCCUAUACUGUUGAUGAAAAGCGCUAGAAAUAGCUGCUGGUCUAAAGAUUCAGAGUAUGGACUCUAUUCCAUCUACCAAGGGGGAAUAUUUGAGCUUAAGCAAAAUGACAGAAUUUUUGUUUCUGUAACUAAUGAGCAGUUGGUAGACAUGGACCAAGAAGCCAGUUUUUUUGGGGCCUUUUUAGUUGGCUAAGUGUUCUGCACCAUGAAGAUGUCACAACAGAUCUGACCCCAGAAAUGCAACCUAUAUGGAACAGCCUUGACCAGAAAAACUCCCCAACGCACACCUUUUUAAAAUCUCUGAAAAUGAUCCUCUUAUUCCAAAGAAAUGGAAUCUUCAAAUAA